AUGCCUCCGAUCCCCUCACGGGCGCACUCGCCACGUUCUCGAUUUCUUGAUCCAUCCCUAAACCUACACGACCCGCUUACUCUUCACACCUAAUCUCUCGCGUCGCCCGUUCGUUCUUGUCUGGAUCCUUUUUCUUGUUCGUGGUCUCUUGCUUCCUCUCCCAUUCCUUCGAGGUUUUAGGGUUUGGGGGGCGGGCGAAUCGGGGUCGCAGGUUGCGACUUCGAGUUCGAUCCUAAGGGUUUUUAAUCUGGCUGCGGCCGCGUGAUUUUACUGGAUCCGUGGGCUACGAUUCUUACGUCGCUUGUUGCAGCAGGAGGGCUGUUUCUCCGCCCACGAACCACUGAUGGUCCCCAGCUUAUGGAAGAUGCCCGAUCAUGUUUAUACUUCAACUUAGAGUUUUCUAUCUAUCUGUAGUAGAUGCAGCACUGUGAACAAAUGGAUCUGUAGGGUAAUAUCAAUUCUACUUCAAUACCCAUGAUCUUUCACAAGUUAGAGGAUCAGGUAGCCUGUCUUCUUCAAGUUUUGUUGCAGAAGUGACUGCAAAUCACACACUUUCUUAGUCUAUGGAUAUCAUUGAGAUUGAUUCCACAGAUAGUGAAGAUGAUUUUGAGAUUGGAUCUGUAUCAUCAGAGAAAUCCUUUACUGAUGGCAUUAUGGAUAAAUGGGGACAUAAUUCACAAGGGAUGUCUAAUCAGAACAGUGAUGCGUCUGCGAAGUUCCCGACUCAUUCUAGUGAUAAUAAUGAUUGUGGAACAUCGAUGCCACAAUCUACUGCAGGUUCCACAUCAUUUACUAAAACAUCUGGUGCUAGUACGGGAAACCAUGUCAGAAGCAAUGGGAUAGGUGAAGUAAGACUUUCAGAUCAUGAAAGGCUAGUUGAUACUGGAAGAAAGUUAGAUGUUAUGGACGGACACAAUCUUCAUGAAAAUCUGUACAAUGUUGUUCCUAAAAGAUCUCUUCCAGCAUCUUUUCUUUCAUCUGUGAACAGAACUGCACCAAAAGGUUCUUCAGACGUGAAAGACAGAAGUCAGAUUUAUAAUAAAGAAAAAAUGCAUGCUUCUAUAAGACCUGAUUAUGAUGGCAUGAUGAAUGUUGCACUUAAGAGAAAUGGUGAGACUGACACAAGUAAAAAUGGACAUAGGAUUUUACCUUCAUCUUUUGCUGGAGGAGAUGCAGUUGAUGCUUUAGCUAAAUUUCAACCACCAACGUUUGUGGAUGAAAAGUUCCAUAACAUGCCAAAAGCUUCAGUGGAGAGUAGAGAUGCUUUGCAUAUUCUUGGAAAUGUCAUCACAAAUAGGAUGUUGCCUUCAACAUUGUUAUAUGGAAAAUCGGUCAACAAUUUGCAGCCGCCUGGCACCAGUGAUGGACAAAAGCACUUGGGCCUAGUAGACGAUAGGCGCAUUGAACAUGAUGAGAGGCAUAUAUAUCAGGAAGCAUUGCAGAAUCUUGGUCAACCAAGAUUAGAAGAUGACCUGCCUGAGGGGCUUCUGGCUGUUCCUCUCUUAAAGCACCAGAAAAUAGCCUUAGCUUGGAUGGUUCAGAAGGAAAAAAGUACUCAUUGUGCUGGUGGAAUUCUUGCAGAUGAUCAGGGACUUGGUAAGACUAUAUCAAUGAUUGCUUUAAUACAGAAGCAAAUGUUGAUAUUAGAUGAAGCUCAAACCAUAAAGAAUCACAGAACUCAAGUGGCUAGAGCCUGCUGUGGUCUUCGAGCCAAAAGAAGAUGGUGCUUAUCAGGAACACCCAUGCAGAAUGCAAUUGAUGAUCUUUACAGUUAUUUCCGCUUCCUGAAGUAUGACCCUUAUUCUGUCUAUAGUUCCUUCUGUGCUUCUAUAAAAUAUCCGAUAUCUAAAAAUACAAGCAGUGGAUAUAGAAAACUUCAGGCUGUUCUCAAAGCUGUACUUCUUCGACGCACAAAAGGAACACUUAUUGACGGGGAGCCGAUUCUCAAGUUACCUCCAAAAUCAAUUUGCCUGAAAAAGGUAGAUUUUUCUCACGAGGAACGAGAAUUUUAUUUAAAGCUGGAGGCAGAUUCACGCCAACAGUUCAAGGACCCACCAGAGGAUGCUGUUGUGGCAAUGUGUGGGCAUGUUUUCUGCUAUCAGUGUAUAUCUGAGCGUUUAACUGGUGAUGAGAACUUGUGUCCUGCACCUGGUUGUCGAGAUGUACUUGGUACUGAGUCCAUUUUCUCCCGAAGUACAUUAAAAAGUUGUAUAUCUGACAAUUUUGAUGAUGAAGCUUCGACUAGUUGUUCAUUUGAUGAUGGAUCAAUUGUCCAUAGUGGUUACAUCUCUUCCAAAAUCAGAGCAGCUCUAGAUAUACUAAAGUCAAUCUCUUGUCCAAGUUCUGAAGUACAUAAUCUCAUGAUAUGUGGUUCCAAGUCCGAUGCCAAUUCUUCUGAUCAUAUUUCCACUCUGUUAAACUCAAAUGCUGACAUGCCAGCCAAGGCUAUUGUUUUCUCCCAGUGGACCAGCAUGCUCGACUUACUUGAGCUUUCAUUGAAUGAGUGUCUUAUACAGUAUCGAAGGCUAGAUGGGACAAUGUCUCUCAUGUUACGAGACAAGGCUGUGAAAGACUUCAACACUGAUCCAGAGGUAACUGUUAUGCUCAUGUCACUUAAAGCAGGAAGCCUUGGCCUGAAUAUGGUGGCUGCUUGUCAUGUAAUUCUUCUUGAUCUUUGGUGGAAUCCAACUACUGAAGAUCAAGCAAUUGACCGAGCGCAUAGAAUUGGGCAGACUCGUCCUGUGACUGUUUCCCGAAUAACUAUUAAAGAUACAGUCGAAGAUCGGAUACUAGCUCUUCAGGAGGAGAAGAGGAAGAUGGUUUCUACUGCUUUCGGAGAAGAUCAAACUAGUUCUCAUGCAACUCGUCUCACUGUGGAAGAUCUUAGGCGGUUAUUUAACUGCUUUGACGACUGAGUUUUGGCAUGAAUCAUAGUAGUAGUUGAUUCAUAUCUUUUUGGAUGUGAAUGAAUAGGAUUGUUGGCUAAUUUUUUGAGAUGUGCUC